GUGCGGGGAGGGAGGGGCUGGCUCUAUAGGGACCUCAGCAGAGGUGGGGCUUCCAUAGCAACCCCUUUGCAGACUGUGCCCCUUAGCGGGGAAGGCGCUGGAGAGGGCGGCACAGGCGCUGCAGGAUCUGCUGUGCUUGCCUGUGGGUCAUGCUGCUGCUGCUGCUGCCGGUACUGAGCGCCCUGGCCUCCGCCGUGGAGGUCAAGCGACCCCGGGGCGUCUCUUUGACCAACCAUCACUUCUAUGAGGAAUCGAAGCCGUUCACCUGCCUGGACGGGUCCUCGACCAUCGCCUUCGACUGGGUGAAUGACGAUUACUGCGACUGUCAGGAUGGCUCCGACGAGCCAGGGACCUCGGCUUGCCCCAACGGCCGCUUCCACUGCACCAAUGCCGGCUACCGCCCGCAGUACAUCCCCUCCUCCCGCGUCAACGACGGCGUCUGCGAUUGCUGCGACGCCACGGACGAGUACAACAGCGGCUUCGUAUGCGAGAACACCUGCAAAGGUGCCUGCUACCGGGGAGGGGGGAACAGGACUCCCCACAAACAAACGGGACUGGCAGAGGGGCCGGGGGAUAGGCCCCUCGUCUGUCCCGCACCGGCCUCUGCACUGCGGCCUCGGCUCACGCGUCCUCCCUGGUCUCCCCCCCACCUCCCCCAAUCUCCUGGCUGCAGGGUGUCAGUAGCCGAGCUCCAAACCCACGUGGAGCUGGACGUGGACGGAGACGGGACCCUCUCGGAAACGGAAGCCCAGACCCUUCUGGGAAACGCCCUGCAGGCCGAUGCCUCCAGCUUCCAGGAUUCUGUGUGGACUGCAAUCAAGGAGAACUACAAGCCCGAGGGCCUGCCCGACGCCGCUCCCCUGCCUGAGGCCCCAGCAGAAGAGGCCCCGGAGCCCCAGCCAGACCUGCCCCCAGAGCAGCCGGCCCCGGAGGACGACUACGACGAGGAGGAAGAGGACGAGGCCGACGACGACGAGAGCAAUGAAGAGGAGCCAAAGGUCCCCCCGCCCAAGCAGCCGUCCGACAAGGUGGAGGAGGAUGUGGAGAAGCUGCCCCCUUACGAUGAAGCGACGCAGGCCCUCAUUGACGCCGCCCAGAAAGCCCGGGAGCAGUUUGAAGAAGCCGAAAAGUCUCUGAAGGAAAUGGAGGAUUCCAUCCGGAACCUGGAGAAGGAGAUCUCCUUCGAUUUUGGCCCCCAGGGGGAGUUUGCGUAUCUCUACAGCCAGUGCUACGAGCUCUCCACCAACGAGUAGGUGCCGGCCGCGGGAGAGCUCCCCUCCGGAGCAGGGCGCCCUGUGUCCGAGCCAGCCUGCUGCCGGAUUCCAGCUUUGGCUCGCAGUCCGCACCCAGCCCCUGCGCCGGGGUCCCCUGGCCCCCAGCGUCACAGUGCUAAGCUAAGGGCCCGGAGCGAGCUGCCAGAUCCCGUGGGGCCUGUCGCAUCCCUGCUGGGUGCCUCAGUUUCCCCUUUUGGGUGGGGGUCCGGGUGGUCCCUUGUGCAUAGACCUGGCCGUUGAGACAUGCGCAAGGGGAGUGACCUUGGAAUCCCGGUGUGACAGUGGCGGAGCUGGACAUGGAACCCAGGACU